CAUUGUUCUUGUGCGGACUCACAGCACCGCACGUAGUCGUCGCGAACGUUCCGCGUUAACGAUUCCCCGGGUGCCGUGCGCGAUUUUCCAACGCGGCCGCAGUAAUACUACACGCGUGUAUCCUUCUCCGGAUUUUGCCAUCCGCGCGUUCGAUUUCUCCUUCGCCCGAAUCCCAGUACCGCACGCGCACGUUUUCUGGUAUCUAAUCGAGUGUUUUUAUUCCCGUUCUCUCCGUGACCCUGAGGCAAGGGACCCGUCGUUUUUUGUUUCUCAGUCGCGGCACAACGUCCGGAAGUCAACGACCGCAAUAAAAUAAUCGAAAUCUUCCUCCUCCUCCUCUUCCCCAUUAUACACUUCCCUCUAACACCGACAAACUAUUUCUAUAUUCGUGUUUGGUUCGCCGAUACAUCAGGCUGUGAUGUGUGACAGAUAGCAGCAAUGGCGGUGGGCACGUACUACUGAAGCCCACCCCCACCACAACCUGGAGCCCUUAACCCAGGCAUCGCUGGUGCUCACCAUGGCGGUCGCCAUCAUCCUCCUUAAUAUCCUCAUCAUCGCUACAUUCACCAACAUAAGAGGUGGAGGAGAGGUGAUGAAUGUUUACUUGGUGUCACUGGCUCUGGCUGACUUGCUCUACGGUGUGCUCGUAGUGCCCUUUUCCGUAUAUCCAGCACUAGUGCAACAAUGGGUUUAUGGGAAAAUCGCUUGUAGAAUUAUCGGAUACAUCGAAGUCGCACUAUGGACUGUGUCUGCGUAUACAUUUAUGUGGAUUAGUGUAGACAGGUACAUAGCGGUACGCAAACCGGUCAGGUACUUCACGGUGCAGACGCGCACCAGGUGCCAGUGCUGGAUGGCGUUCACGUGGAUAUCGUCAGCGAUGCUGUGCUGCCCGCCGCUGCUCGAGUUCGGCGAUCCGGUGUUUGAUCAGGACACGGCGGUGUGCAUGCUCGACUGGCAGGGCAUGGCGGCGUAUUCGGUGACGCUGGCCAUACUGGUGCUGGGCCCCAGUCUCAUCACUAUCCUGUACACGUACGUGUACAUUUACGGUGCGAUCAGACGGCUGCGGCGGGGAUUUCUAGCACACGACAAGGAAUACGUAACAGCAUUAUCCGAAAACUUGUCCAAUCCUACGCAUGUCACGUCAUUCGUGUUGAUCGUGUCGUUCUGGGUUUGUUGGACACCAUUGAUGUCCAUUAAAGCGUACCAACAGUUAGGUGGCGUACCAGCGGUGCCCGGCCAGGUCCGUUUCGCCGCGUUGUGGCUGGGCAUAUCCAACUCGGUGUGGAAAGCGUUUGUGCUCAUUUUUCUUAGCCCGCAGUUCCGCGUCAUGCUCAGAUUGUUGUGUUUGACGGUAUUUUGUAAACGGAAAAGUCGCGCAGAACUUGAGCUACUACAACUCGACAUGGAAGAUCACUUCCUCUAAGUUAAGUAUUAUGUUGAUGUUUUUUUUUUUUUUUUUUUUAAUCAUUAUUAUUGUUAAACUUUGUUUUGUUAUUAAUCGAAUGUUCUUCCCGAGAACAAUCAUUCGUCCAUUUGUUUACGUUUUAUUCAGAUGAAAAAAAAUGUUUCAAACGAAAACUAAUUAUUAAAUUUGUCGUUGAUUGUACCCCCGAACUCGUGAAUGUAUUCAUGAACUAGGAAAAUUUUUAAUUAGUAUGCCGAUAGAAUCAGUAAUCAUACAUGUCAUACUAAAUCGUGUUUUUCGGAACAUUGUAGAAACAAAUUAUUUUUUAUAGACUGUUUUUGAAUUAUUAACUAUUGUUUUAAGACAACUUGUAAAUUAAUAGA